UACUAACCAAUCGUAAUAUGUGAUGCUCAUUUUGAACCAAAGCGGUAGGUUGUUAAAAUCUCCAGCGACACUGCAUUCCAAAGAUUCUUUGCAGUGGACAUUGUACAUUGUAGCACUCCGGGAGUGUGCAAGAUGAGCGUGAAUGACAGCGUGACAACAGCUGCCGAUGUCACAACCGGAGGUGACGGCGGCGACGGUCAGAACCGUGAUGCAGUGGUGGGCGAAUCCAGCGCUGAUCCUGCCGCUGCGGAAGUGAGCAAAGGAGUCGCCUCCCUGCCGUCACCCAACAAGACCGGGGCAGGGAGGCAGCAGAUGGUGUACAGCAUCUUGGAGGAGACUCCACCCUGGACUAGAGAGUCGUUUCUGUUCAACCUCUCCUCCUUUCAAGAGGACGUGUCUGUAGGGGCGUCUCCGUUCACCACGGGCCGAUUGACUCCCGGUCUCCGGCGCCUCUGCCUGGACGGCAGCCCGUCGGUGGCUCGGGCGAAGGCUGAAAGGCACAGUUACCUCCACUCGGCUACCUCUCCCACUCUGGAGAACGAGACACCACCGUGGAUGAAGGUGAGUUUCAUGGACUGCUCUGUCACCACACCCACUGAGCCGGCGAACUCGGUGGAAUUGCCCGGUGGUGGUGGUGCUGGCACGGCCACCGCUGUGCCUUUGCCAGACACGGUCACGGUCACGUUGGAUGUCCAAAAUGAUGCAAUGGAUGUGCAGUGUGAAGGUAAAAGUCCCAUCUACUCUGUCCCAUGUACUCCUGAAGUUGAUUCAACCGGUGCUCAAAACGCAGUGGAUUCGCCUUGUAGGGACAGUCCAGCCUCAGCUAUAGCCAGUAGUGACAGACAAGCCAUACUCAUAAACAGUACCAUGGAUCUGCCAGGAGGAAGCAACACUCCUGGGUCAGCUGGUGACCUCACAGUUCCGAUGACCGAUGACAUGAACAGCACCACCAACCUGACAUCUGGCCACAGCAGCCCAAGUGUUGCUGAGAGAAACGCGUCGACGUCCGCUGACGAAAUAAAUAAAACUACUGAUGUGGCCAAUAAUAGCACUCCGAGUAUUGCUCUGACGUCUGACGUCAACACAUCCACUGGUGAGAGAGACCACACCGUUGAGUUGGAGCGUAGUGGCGGACCCAACAUGGCUGUACCUGCUGGUUGCAGCGUUGCCCUUUCUGAUGUUGAUGCCUCGUCGAAUCGUCAAAUGAACGGGACGAUGGAGCUGGCGGGCAGUGUUGGUAGCGCCGCUGAUUCAAAGAAGCCCACCGCACAUCAAGACCUCACCGUAGAGAUGGGGAGUGAUGGCAGCCUGAUCAGUCCGGCAGUUUCUCCCAGCGUCUCCAGACCCAGUCGAGAGCUCAACGCCACGGUGGAUAAGGAACAUGAUGGCAAGUUCACCGCAGCUGAGGUCAACACUACCAUGCCUGUGCACCACAACACCACCGUGGACUUUCCACAUGGUGACGGCACCAAUAACGCACCUAUGGCUGUCUGUCACAAUGGCACGCUGGAUUUGACUGCUGCCGAAACCCCCGUUGCCACCAAACUCGCCGGGGAGAUGAACAGUACGGUAGAUCUGGUACACCGCAGAAGCAUCACAUCUGCUGGACCAAUGAACAGCACUGUUGAGCUGCAGAGCACUACCACCACCUCAAAUGCUUCACCUAGCGUUACUGCAGAGGUGCAGAAAUUAACCAGUUCAGCGGUCACAGGUGUUGGCUCGCCCGCAGUUGUGGCUAACGGCACGGUGAACUUGACGUCCAGCGAUAGCCCGUGUGUAGCUGCGGCAGCUGUGGUUAAUGGCACGGUGAACUUGACGCACAUCGCCAGUCCGUGUGUAACUGGAGCGGCUGUGGUUAACAGCACGGUGAACCUCACAUGCAACGGCAGCCCUUCUGUGUCCGGCGUACAAAAACUGGACAACACAGUCGAGAUGGAGGUGUCAAAUCCGAGCUCUGGCCUGGAAACGGCACGUGGCCAUGCCGCAGUCAAUGAAAAAGCAAAUGGUGUCAAUGAAGAAUGCACCAGCCCUGCAUCUGACACCGCAGCUUCUGCUGCUGAAUGCACCAGUCCACAGGGAAGUGUGGCAAAUGCGCCGGCGUGUGCCGGCAACGGCACUGUGUCCGAUUCAGCCACGCUGACGAUGAACCUGAACCUGUCGGAGGCCGAAGUGACGGUGGAGCGCUCGGCGCCGGAGUCGCGGCUGUCGGCCCACUUCGCGCUGGACGACUCUCUGGACCUGCAGGCGUGCAGCCUGGUCACCUCCACGCCCAUGCCCGAGCACCGCGAGUUCUCCUUCCCCCGGCCCGCCGACCUCGUCCUCAGCCGAGUCUGCGAGGCCCGCAAGCAACUGGUGCUGCCCGCCAACACCACCAUCACCAAGACGACCGCCAAGGCCACCACGUCCUCCUGCCCCACCGCCAAGGCCACCGACGGCAGUGACUCACCUGGUGAGGAUGGAGCAGAAACCAGCCCCGCUGAAAUCUCACCUCCCAGCGAGGGCGCAACAGGCGUCCACGCCAGCCUGGCACAGAGACGGGGAGUGGUGCCCAGAGCCUCGGGCAUCACCUUACCCAGAGCAGGAGGGCCUGCAGUUGCCAUGGCAGCACCAGCGGCGCCCGGUGCCAAGUCCUCCGGCCUUCCAGUCACUCGCCGGACCAUCCCCAAACCCACGCGCAGGAUUGGUUUGCUGGGUAUGGCUACAGUGGGCAACAGCACGGUAGAGGGCAUUCCGGCACCAUCUGGUAUUCCCAACACCAACAGACUCUCACUUGGAAUGAAGGCAGCAUUACGCAGUGCCACCUCUACUGCUCCAGUGCCUCAGCCCUCCCUUGCUCUUCAGAGACGUCUCAGUCUGGCUCCAGCCCUCUCCACACGACUCAAGAAGAAGCCCAACGAGGGAGCCAUCCCCACUGUGAGCAAGGAGGCCGCAGCCAGCUCAGUGCGGCCCACUCGUGUCUCCGCGGGUGUGAAGAGACCGGUCCCGGAGCCCAAAGGAGGCCCAGCCAAGAGGUCGAAAGAAGAUAGUACGCAUACCUCUGUCAGCAAGGACUCAGUAUCCAUUGCAGGCAGACCAUCCAGAACCUCCACUGGAUUAAGAAAGGGACUGCCUGAGCCCAAGGUGGAACUCAGGAGGCCUAGUGUGGGUCCAGCAUCCAAGCUCAAGUCUGGUCUGCUCAUGAAGAAAGGUCCAGUGCUUCCCACCGUGCCUGAAGAUGCCAUAUCCUCCUCCUCAAACCAUACUAUAUCUGCUUCAUUGGUGACUGCCCCGUCGUUGGACAGCGAGGGCACUUACGUGUGCGAUGGGCAAGAGCAUCCUGAUUGCAAAACAGAUUGCAAGAACUGUGAAUGUCUACGACAACAAAACCAACAACUACGCCAGGAGAAUGAAGCAUUGAAGGCACAGUUAAUAAAGAUGCAGAACCCUUAGGAUCUUGUGAAGGGAACCCCCCACAGGUGGCAGCGUUGAGCUACUCUUAAUUGAAUAUUGACUGUUCAAUAUUCCACAAAAAAAAUGAAUGACUAUAUUUAACUUGUGUCUAUAUGUGUAUGAUUGUACAAAAUAUACUAAUAAAUGUAGUGUCUUAUCUUUU